CAUCACCCGCCGCGCGAGGACUAUCUCGCCCAGCCUUGGUUCCAGAAGAAGGCGGCUGCCGUUCAGCACCAGCAGGCGAAUGCCCACGCGCUGAUCGGAUCGUGCGACCUAAGCGACUUGGGAGGCUUCAAGAGGUUCUCGAGCUUUGCGAACUCUGGGGCGUUCGUGAACUCCCUGGAGCGGCUUCGGGCAGCUGGAGAGACCCCGAAUCACUAUGAGUGCAUCGACGCAAAUACGCCUUCCAAGUUCUACGUCGAAAUCGACUACACGGUCGGGGAGCGAGACGACGAGGACUUUGGGGAACGGUUCCAGCAUUGCAAGAUCGUGCUCCGCGGCUUUCUCGAGCUGGUGCUCCUCGUCCCGGCCGAAUCCAUCGCCUUCCAGGUGGCGACCGCUCACGGAGGAGAUGCAAAAGCGGGGCUUUCAACUCUUGCCCACUUCCUCGAGAAGCCUCCCGAGGCGCUGCGGCGGAGCUGCGAGUUCCUUUUCUACGAGGGGAACAAGGGGGCCGUCAUCGUGGAGGGAUGCCUUGUUGAUACGGCCGUCUACAGCUGCUUUCAGAAUUGGCGAACCCUUCACUCCGAGAAGAAGGGGUCGGGCCGCCCCCUCGCUCCUCCAGUGGGAAGCUCUCGCGACAUCAACGACCAUCUAGUCGGCUUCUAUGGGGCGGCAGACGUAGCGGCGGCUAUAAGAAUCGACAGCAGCCUUUUGGCCGGUUACAACCAACGGGAGGAGCCGGCUGCGUCCAUCUCUCGGCGCCCCGUCGAUGCACCGACUCGGGGGCUGCGCGGGAAGUUUGUAGAAAGAGGCCGCACGCAACGGCCUCUGACGGGCGUCGAGAAGGAACGCUUGCUGUGGCGAUACCGGAAGGACCAUCCAGAGGUCUGCAUUCUUCGGGUCGAGGCCAUGGGCGAGGACUUAUUCACGGUGCACUUUGGAGUCCCCACCUCGUACUGCUGGAUAGCGGGGCAGGCCCCACUCGUCUCCAGGGAACGCAUGUGGCUACCUAGUCUAUAG